AUGUCUUUGGAAACUAUCACGACCAUCUCGCCGGCCACUAAUGAGCCCGUUGUUACCCGCACUGGGGUCUCAUCCGAGGAUCUGAGGCAGAUUCCCGAGACCGCCCAAGCUGCAUUCCGGUCGUUUUCCCAGUCCACCACUCUGCAGCAAAGACAGAAGAUUGUCGAGAGGGCAUUGGAUAUUCUCGAAAAGAAGCAAGAUCAGCUGGCCCGCGAGAUCACUGAGCAGAUGGGCCGGCCCAUCGCCUACACCGGUGUCGAAGUCGCGACCGCAAUCAAGCGCAGCCGAUACUUGACCCGCAUUAGCACUUCCGUGCUUGGCGAGGAAGGCAUUGUGUCCGGAGAGGAGGAAAAGGGCUUUAGACGGUAUAUCAAGCGCUCGCCUGUCGGUGUUGCGCUGAUUAUCUUCCCUUGGAACUACCCGUACCUCACCCUUGUGAACAGCUUGAUUCCCGCCAUCCUCGCUGGAAAUGCCGUUAUUCUUAAGCCGUCGCCCCAAACCCCUACAAUUGUUGAGCAGUUCGCCUCCGCCUUUGCCGAAGCUGGUCUUCCCGAGAACGUCCUUCAGUUCUUCCACAGUGGAUCAUUUACUCUCAUUGAGACUCUGGUGCGCUCUCCCUUGGUGAACCACAUCUGCUUCACCGGCUCAGAGGCCGGUGGUCUGGCCAUGCAGAAGGCAGCGGCAGAUCGUAUUGUGAAUGUUGGUCUUGAACUUGGCGGCAAGGAUCCGGCCUACGUGCGAGAGGACGUGGAUCUUGCCUGGGCUGCCGAAGAAGUUGUUGACGGGGCUAUCUUCAACAGUGGACAGAGCUGCUGCGCCAUCGAGCGUGUCUAUGUCCAUGAGAAAGUCUACGACGGUUUCGUUGCGGAGGUGAAGAAGGUGCUGAGCAACUACCGUGUUGGUGAACCCUCCGAUCCCAAGACCCAGAUUGGACCCGUUGUCUCUAAGCGGGCUCGGGAGGCUAUUCUCGCUCAAAUUGAGGACGCUGUCAAGAAGGGCGCGAAGAACGAGACUCCUGCCAACGAGACUUUUGAAAACUUCCCCCUAAUGGAAAUUACGUUAAGCCCACACUUCUCACUGGUCUCUGGUGAUGAUGAGGCUGUCAAACUCAUGAACGACAGUGAUUUCGGUCUCACCGCCAGUGUCUGGAGUAAGGAUGUUGCGGCUGCCGAGAAGCUGGUUGAGCGUGUGGAAGCUGGCACCGUGUUUGUCAACCGAUCUGACUUCCCUAGUCCCGACCUCGCUUGGACAGGCUGGAAGAAUUCUGGCCGUGGCGUGACCCUGAGCAGAUUCGGAUUCGAGCAGUUUGUCAAGCUCAAGAGCCACCACAUUAAGGACUACCCCAAAUAA